CCUCGAUGUGUAUACACAUCUCCUCACUUUACAGACACCCAAUGACUUCCUAAGUCUAGAAAUAGAUCUUUUUAUAUCCAAAUGUCCUCGCCCCAGAAUUAUCAUGAGACCCUAACCAAGCUCCUCGAGAGUAGAGGCAAUCAAAUCUUCGACAUCCACUUCCUUCCUGAUGGCUUCGGUGACCUCCUUCAAGAGGGGAAUGAGAUAGGCAUCAGCAAGAAAGCCCUUGUACAAUGCUUCAUAAAAGCACGGCAAAUAUUCUUCUCCCUCCCCACACUACAGCAGGAACUCAAGACAUCCGAACCUAGCAGGAGUCAAAGGCAUAGCGCGCCAAAAGCAUCAUUCGAUGACGCCCUUCAAUUUCCACCCGGAGCGAACACCAACCUCCAUUCCUCCCCCCAAUGCCUCCUCCCCCAAACUGAAAUCCUCCUCCUCCUUGACUCCGAACACCUAACCGCCUGUAACUGGCGGAAGCGCAGAUUAUGCUCAUUGAAAGAAGAAACCCAAUCACAAUGCCCCACCCCCGCAAACCAAUACCUCUCCACCUUGCACACCGAAAUCUCAUUUACUACAACAAUCCUCCGCUCUCCACUCCACCGUCACACGAAAUCUCCCGUGUUAUGGUACCACCGGAAAUGGACCAUGAUGCAGCUUUUGGACCUCUGCCGCGAUGACCCCGUUGCAGCAUUUGCUGGCUCGCAUCAUUUGCCGCAUUAUGGCGCUGAUACUGAUACCAAUGCUGCCGUGAACCAGAUCCUAAACUAUGAAGUGUCCAUCGUGCUACAGGCGGGCACGCAUCACCCGAAAAAUUAUUACGCGUUUAGCUACCUCCGAGAGUUUAUGGGGUUAUUCGCCGAUGCUCUUGCGGCUGCCCGAUGUCAGGUACUAUUGGCGACUACCACGACGACGGGACUGCAGCAAUCGGCAAUAAUACGGCUAGGAGUCCUUGCGAGGAUGGUUCUUGGAACGGUGCAUACAUGGUGUCUUGCAUAUUCGCACCGGCGGGAUAUUUCUGCUUGGAGCCUUUUGCUUUGGUUGUUGGAGGUUGUGGGAGAGGCCGAUGGGGAUGGGGAUGAGGAUAAUGGUGAUGCGAGUACAUUGAGGAAGACGAUUGUGGAUAAAACUGCACUAUUGGGCGCGGAAGUUUCAUGGGAUGGAGAGGGGUUGUGGAUCUUUGUGGAUCUUGCUAUGAAGAAGUUUGGGGUUGAUGUUGAUUGGCUGACUAGGGAGUCUGGAGGGCCAGACGCUGAGCGUGGUGAUGUUACUGUGGACGACAUAAAUUGUCCUGGCACUGCUCCUGCUCCUGCUGCUGGCGUCACUACCGCUACCGGAAACCCUCCCUUCUCUUCACAUUCCAAUAAACGUUGGAAGAUAUGGAUUCGUAGAAUGCAAACGUCGCAGAAGCGGAAUGCCGCGACGAUUGUAAAUGACAAUGGCUGAAGCCACCAAAUAAUUAUGAAAUGGGAGUAACAUUCAUUCCCUCGCUGGCUCCUCGCAUUUAAGCAACAGCCUAGGCAGCUUGCUUACUGCGUUAUGAUGAUAAAGCAAUUAGCAUAACUCCUCCAGCGUCAAUCAAAAAAGGAGGGGAAGAAAGUUGACUUGAUUCUAAACCAACAGCUGCCUUGGCAUUAUCAAGUUUUCUGCUAACAGAUAAUAAAAAGCAACGGUAGCUAAUAAUAACAGUUCCAGUACAGUACAGUCCGUUGCGCCAGGGUAUAUUAGCCUAAACUCGUGGAAAAGGUGAGGUGAGAAAAUGCACAAGCAUUGAAAACCGAAUCACAUCUUGACAAUUGGCAAUAUCUCCAAAUUUGGGCGUAGUACUAUAACUGAGUCGUUCAAAAGGGGAAUCAAAGUUGAAAACGUGAAAAAGAAGGGGGGUUGUAGGAUAGACGCUCGCAUAUAAAACUUGAAUUUAUUGAGGUAAAGGGGAAGAGUGAAAGUUUGUAAGGAUCACGACGCCUUCGCUAAGCAAAACAACGAUGACAACGACAAAAACAGAAAUAAUGAAAAAAAGAAAAUUGUUAAUUCAUCAUGUGCC